GUUGCAAAGCCCUUUCUUGUCGGCGGGACUCCGGGGGCCGCGGGGCGGGAGGCAUCGGAAGGGAGGAAGAGGAAGAAGGAAGGAAGAAGGCAGUGCCGCCUUUUUUUGUUUUUUGCAUCAAAAUUGUUUUAAUUUGCAAAUUCCUAUUUUGCAAAUAUUUUGGGAGACAUUGAUUUUUCUCCCCGUGCUCCCCCGUUCUUUUCUGAGGAGUGCGCUGCGCCGCCCAGCCCUGUCGCCCCCCGGAGGUGAUCCCUCCCUCCUGCCGGCCCGCCAGCCUGACCUGUGCUUGGCUCGCGGGCCGCAGCCUCGGCCCCGGCGCGCCCCCGGCUGCUCUCGGCGCGAUGAGCAUAGAGACGCUACUGGAGGCGGCCCGCUUCCUGGAAUGGCAAGCGCAGCAACAACAGAGAGCACGUGAGGAGCAGGAGCGCCUUCGCCUGGAGCGGGAACGGGAGAGAGAGCAGGAGCAGAAGAGGGCAAGUAGCCUGGCCAGGUUGGCCCAUGCCCUGCCCGUGGAGGAACCCCGCAUCGAGGCUCCCCCGCUACCCCUGUCGCCACCGGCACCACCGCCCGCGCCGCCGCCGCCGCUGCCCGCCCCUGCCCCGCUGACCGUCAUCCCUAUUCCUGUAGUGACCAACUCCCCACAGUCCCUGCCCCCGCCUCCACCUCUGCCCCCGGCGGCCCAGCCUCUGCCCCUGGCACCUCGUCAGCCGGCCCUGGUCAGCACCCCUGGACUCAGCAUUAAGGAGCCAGCCCCCCUGCCCACCAGGCCGCAGGUGCCCGCCCCUGCCCCGCUACUGCCUGAUCCGAAGACCACCACCACCGUCGUCGCACCGACUGGCAGCCCCAAGCCUUUGCAGCCCCUCCCUACGCCCAUCCUGACCAUUGCGCCACACCCUGGAGUCCAGCCUCAGCUGGCUCCCCAGCAGCCGCCCCCGCCCACGCUUGGGACCCUGAAGUUGGCACCAGCUGAAGAAGCCAAAUCCAGUGAACAAAAGAAGCGGCCUGGGGGGAUCGGAACCAGAGAAGUCCACAACAAAUUGGAGAAAAACAGGAGGGCCCAUCUGAAGGAAUGCUUCGAGACCCUGAAGCGCAACAUCCCCAACGUGGACGACAAGAAGACGUCGAAUCUGAGCGUGCUGCGGACGGCGCUGCGGUACAUCCAGUCCCUGAAGAGGAAGGAGAAAGAAUAUGAGCAUGAGAUGGAGCGGCUGGCACGGGAGAAGAUUGCCACGCAGCAGCGCCUGGCAGAGCUCAAGCAUGAGCUGAGCCAGUGGAUGGAUGUACUGGAGAUUGACCGUGUGCUCCGGCAGACAGGCCAGCCUGAGGAUGACCAAGCCUCCACCUCCACAGCCUCUGAGGGCGAGGACAACAUAGACGAGGAUAUGGAGGAAGACCGGGCAGGCCCACCUAAGCUGAACCAUCGACCCCAGCUGGAGCUGCUGAAAUCCACCCUGCCAACCCCCAGCCCCGCCUCUGCGCCUCUGCCUCCUCCCCCGCACCCCCAUCCCCACUCCGUGGCCCUGUCUCCUGCCCACCUCCCUGUGCAGCAGCAGCAGCAGCCGCAGCAGCCACCACCACCGCCACCGCAGCAGCAGCAGCAGCAGCCGCAGCCACAGCAGCCGCCGCCACAGCAGAAAACCCCUCUGCCAGCCCCUCCUCCCCCCCCAGCCACCCCGACCCAGACGCUAGUGCCCGCUCCAGCCCAUCUUGUGGCCACGGCUGGAGGAGGCUCCACAGUUAUCGCCCAUACGGCCACCACCCACGCCUCAGUCAUCCAGACUGUGAACCACGUUCUGCAGGGCCCGGGGGGCAAGCACAUCGCCCACAUCGCCCCCUCCGCCCCCAGCCCUGCUGUGCAGCUGGCACCCGCCACACCCCCCAUUGGCCACAUCACAGUGCACCCGGCCACCCUCAACCAUGUGGCCCACCUCGGCUCCCAGCUGCCCUUGUACCCACAGCCUGUGGCGGUGAGCCAGCCUGUGGCAGUGAGCCACAUCGCCCACACCCUUUCGCACCAGCAAGUGAACGGCACAGCCGGGCUGGGCCCUCCGGCCGCUGUCAUGGCCAAGCCAGCCGUGGGGGCCCAGGUGGUACACCACCCCCAGCUGGUGGGCCAGACAGUGCUCAACCCUGUGACUAUGGUCACUAUGCCCUCCUUUCCUGUCAGCACACUCAAGCUGGCUUGAGGAUGAGGCCCUUUAGGCCCCCAGUGGGGGCAGGGGAGGGGGACCCGACUGCCCCUCUCCCACCCACCAGCUCCACACAUUCCAGCCAGGCCCGCCCCACCCACACCACCCCCAGGCCUCCUAGGGGAAGGGGGUGCAGAGACUCUGAGCCAGGGGAGGGGCCCUCCAGGGAGUUGGGUGCAGGCAGGAAGUUGUCCUGCCGCACUAGGACUCGGUAGACAUGAGGACGCUUUGGUGGACGUACUUGCCUGCCCAGCCUGGUGCCAGCCCUGGUGCCACUCCUGCCUCCCUACCUUGUCCACCCCGAAGUCUGCGCUGUGGCUGUGUUCUCUGGCUUCUCCUUCCCCGGUCUGCCUUCCUGUGCUGCUGCUGCUAUUGUCUGGUGAGGUGGCUGAGCUUCCCGGCCUCCCUCCCCAGCCUCAGAGUCCUCUGGGACUUCUGUGUAGGAAACAGAGCCCCAGAGAAGUGAGGACUGGGUGGAGAGGGGCCCAGCUCUGAGGACAGCUGACAGAUCCCAAGAUCUGGAGUCAGGCUAAGACAGGUGAAUACCUGGGCCUGGGGCUCUCGGAUCCACCUGGAUGGAGUCACUGUGAUUGGUCACAGUAGAAACUGUUUAAAAUGAGUCUCAACCAACAAUAAACAAAAUGUAGGCUGUUGUCAAGUUUUCCACACCUGCCCCUGGGCUCCUGACCUCUCCAGAGCAGGCUGAGCUUCGGGCUGGGGAGGUGGGUCUGGCAGCCUUGCCUCCCACCUGCGAGGCCCGGGAGGUUCCAUCCUUGGACCUGGCACUCUCUGUCCUGGUUCCUUGCUCUGCCCAGUGCUUCCCCAGGCCUCUGGGUUUCGGUCCUGCCUUCAGCUUGGGAAGCAGGGACCAGCCGUGGUUCUGGGAACUAAGCCGCAUUGCUGAGGUAUCAGCGAGCUGAAAUCCCGGGGCUUUUCCCAUCUCCCGCUUUGAGUGGCAAUUUUGAGGCCCCUUCCUGGUGGGUGCUGCACUGUCCACUGUGGAAAGGGCCUUUGCUGGGCUAAGACAAGGCUCGUCAGGACUGGCAAGAGUGAGGAGUCCUGUGCUUAGGGAUGCUGUGUCUCCUGCCUCUGCGCUCGCAGGCCGCUUCGGCUUCUCUUUUUAAGUGGAUAUUUAUUCUAAGUGGCCUUGUGUCAGACACUCAGUUACACGUGUGCACAUUCAGCUCCCCACUGGACACUCACCAAUGGCCUUUCGGUGUGGGGCAGGAAGCAAGUGUCCCUAGGCGUGAAGCUUGCACUGGGGUAAGUUGGGGGGCCAGAAGGAGGGCUCAGGGUCCUUCAGAUGACAUGUGAGCAGGGCACUGAGGCCAGUGAAGGUCUUGAAUACAUUCUCCCUUGAAAUAGUGACUUCCUCAGAUGCUUAAGAACUCACAGGUCCUUCUGGCCCUGGAGACCUCCAGGGCACUUUAUUACGUCUCCUGGGGUAGGGAAUGGUGGCUAGGACCAGGUCCCUAUCCCAGCGCAGAAAUCCUAACCCCACAAGCUGGCUGCCUUCCUGUGGCUGCAGCCACCCCUACCCACACCCUGCCUCUGGGGGCCACCUCCACUCUGCUCUGUUGUGCCAGAGCAGGGUCUGGUGCUGGCACAGUCAGACCACGUGAUGAAUUGCCCCCACCCCACCCCCUUUGUCCCUCUCUGUGUCUUGAGGCCAGUUCCAGAGCUCACACCAUCGUGUUGGCCUGCAGGCCUGCACAGAUACCUCAUCAUCCACCCCCUCCCCCCACCAGGGGUUCCUCCAGAUCUAGUGCCGAAUGACGAUGUCCAGAUUGGUGAUGAUGGGUGUUGUUGCUGUUUUUGUUGUUUGUGACUGCUGUGUGCCCAAGUGGGCAGCCACCUCCCAGCCCUUUCUUGGGCAUCUCCCCUUUGAGAGCUGUUAGGACCACAUCUGUCCUCACCCUGUGGGACCGCCUGGCCCUUCCCUUCCUAUCCCUUCCAGCCUGGGACACACACACACAUACACACACACACACCUUACCUCUCAUGCGUGUUUUACCUGUGCUGAUUGGAGUGGCUCACUGCCUGGGAUCUUUACCUCGGGGAGGAAAAGGGGGGAGUGGUUCCCUGGGGGCCAAAGAAGGGCAGAGAAUGCCUGGAGGGUAGCUGGGUCACCAUAGCCUCUCUCUAGGAACAGCUGCUUCUCCCCCAAUCCCAGGGUCCCACUCCCAGUCCCCAAAGAGGUGGCCCUUGUUUACAGUGAGGACUCGGUCACUGUGUCUCUGUUUCCUGAAAUAUGAAUUGUAGCGACCCCAGACUGUAGAGAUUUUUAUGUGUUUGGGUACAUCUGCUGUGUGGGAAAAAAAAAAAAACUACAAAAACCCUAAUUUUGUACAUAUUGUAUUUUUACUAUUGAACUGUAUUCUAGUGGCUGUUCAUGCUCUGAGACUUUAGGUAUUGAGACAUGAAUACUAUCCAUGUAAUAAGCACUUGCCUGGAAUAAAAUAUAAAACUGAAAUAAAUCUGCACUGAAACCUGA